CUCUCUCUCUCCAACCUCUCCUCCCUUUUCCUUCCAGUCGGUUCCCCUCUCUUCUCCCAAGCCAAAACACCAAUCUCUUCCUUUCCCGUCUCUGUCUCUCUGCCCUCCCCCCCUACCCAAUCCGCACAUCCAUCCACCUCCUGCCCCCGCAGGCGAUUCCCGAACGUUUCCGCGCGGAUUCGGGUGUUCCUCGCGCGAAUCAGCGUGGAUCCGAGCAACCUACGGAAUUCUUUGGCGGCAUUUUCUGCAGCUUACGGAACAUUGUAUCUGCAAUAGUAAAAAAAAUAUAUGGGCUGACUCUGGCAUUUCAUGGGAGGUUUUGAAGAUGAUGAACCACCCUCAAAACGCGCAAGAGCAUCCUCAGUAGAGUCAACAAUUUUAUCAGAAAGUUUCUGUUAUUCGAAAUCCAUUAACCCUUUGGGAGGUACAAUGGCUAGACCUUUGGCUUCCCAGGGGAAAGAAGUUAUGGUUGGUUCUAAAGGUGUUAUUAAGAGGGACGAAUUUGUAAGGAUAAUCACAAAAGCUCUGUAUACUCUUGGAUAUGAAAAAAGUGGAGCUGUUCUUGAGGAAGAAUCAGGUAUUACAUUGCAUUCUCCAUCGGUGAAUCUUUUCAGAAAGCAGGUGCUUGAUGGUAAUUGGGACAAUGCAGUAGCUACCUUGAAUAAACUUGGCCUUCUGGAUGAAAACAUUGUGAAGUCUGCUGCAUUUUUGUUAUUGGAGCAGAAAUUCUUUGAACUUUUGAGAAAUGACAACUUAAUGGGUGCCAUAAAGACGCUGCGAACUGAAAUCUCCCCCCUUGGUGUUAACAGAAAACGAGUUCAUGAAAUGUCAAGUUGCAUAAUUUCUUCUCCGCAGAACUUCUUGCUUGCGUUUCCAAAGCUUGGAACUGAAGCUUCUGACUCACGCCUUAAGCUCCUAGAAGAAUUGCAAAAGGUGCUCCCACCUACUGUUAUGGUACCAGAGAGGAGGUUAGAGAAUAUAGUUGAACAGGCACUUACUGUACAACGUGAAGCUUGUUAUCUCCAUAAUUCUAAUGAUGGCUUGUCACUUUAUGUUGAUCAUCACUGUGGAAGGGAUCAAAUACCAUCUCGAACACUGCAGGUACUGCGUGCACACCGUGAUGAAGUAUGGUUUCUUCAGUUUUCAAACAAUGGGAAAUAUUUAGCCUCGUCAUCAAAUGAUAAAUCUGCAAUUGUAUGGAAGGUCGAUGAAGAUGGAGAACUAUUGCUGAAGCACAUAUUGACUGGUCAUGAGAAACCAGUGAUGAUGGUUGCAUGGAGUCCUGAUGAUAGGCAGCUUCUUACAUGUGGAAUGGAAGAAGCCAUCCGGCGUUGGGAUAUUGAAUCUGGUGAAUGUAUUCAUGUCUACGAAAAGCCUGGCCUUGGUUUGGUGUCAUGUGGUUGGUUUCCAGAUGGAAAGCAAAUAUUCUGUGGUCUAUCUGAUCAAAGCCUUUCCUUGUGGGAUUUAGAUGGUAAAGAGGCAGAUUGCUGGAAAGGGCAGCGGUCAACAAAAACAUCUGAUUUUGCUGUAACAAAAGAUGGCAAAGUUAUAAUAAUUAUGAAUAGAGAUUCCACAAUUCUUUUAUUCAACAGGGAUACGAAACAGGAGAGGCUGAUUGAAGAGGAUAAUACAAUCACUUCAUUUUCUCUUUCUGAUGAUGGAGAUUUCUUGCUUGUAAAUCUUAUAAGUGAGAAGAUCCAUUUGUGGAACAUAAAGAAUGACCCCAGUAGAGUGAAACAGUACACUGGCCAUAAGCGCAGCCGGUUUGUUAUAAGAUCGUGCUUUGGUGGAUCGGAUCAGGCCUUUAUUGCCAGUGGGAGUGAAGAUUCGAAGGUGUAUAUAUGGCUCAGAGCUACAGAAGAUGUUAUCGAGACUCUUUCUGGUCACUCUGGCGCGGUCAACUGUGUAAGCUGGAACCCUACAAAUCCACAUAUGCUCGCUUCUGCGAGUGAUGAUCACACAAUUCGUAUAUGGGGGGUGAAGAAGGCCAGCACAAAGCGGAAGGACAUAGGCAGCAGCAGUAGCAGCAAUGGGACUCACAUGAAUGGCAGUGCCAACGGCAACGGUUUCGUUCACCAGUGCAACGGUAGCCGCAGCAAAUGAUGAUAGUUUGAUCCAUGGUAGCCCCCAUGCAAGCGUCAUUUGUAAAUCCUUCUUUGCUUUGCUUUCCUUUCGCCAGGAAGAACACCAUAGUUGAAAACAAAGCUGCAGUAACAGGUGUGUGUGGUGAAAAAACCUGCUUGGUUUUAUGCACCAUCUCCCUUGUUCCAUCAUUAUCAUCGGUCACAUUAAUAUAUCAAUUCAAGCUGGAUGCAAAUUCCAGGUGUUAUUCCA